GCUCUCAAAGCUACUUACAGAACUCAGAAGAAGUGGAGAAGUAAAGAGGAAGAAGAACAUAAAGAUGCUAAGGUUUCAGUGCUCUCUUCACCUUCUUCAGCCUUCUACGGCUAAGAACAACAACCACUCGAAUCUUUGCGUAUACAAUUUGGCGCCGUUUCGGGUCACCGGCACGAUUCCGGCACCGAAAGUCCCGGAGAUACGUGCGAGUUGGUCUAGGAAGAGUGUAAAGCUACGAGUAAAUGGUCUGGAUCAAGAAAUGGAAGAAGAUGUGGAAGAAUUUGAAGAAGAAGGAGAGGAUGAGUUCUCAGCGAGGAAGAGAGGCGUUUACGGAGCCAAAAAAGAAAAUGUAAAUUACGAUAAAGACCCUGAAUUCGCUGAUAUUCUCGGAGAUUGUUUGGAUAACCCAGAGAAAGCUCAAAAGAAGAUGGAAGAGAGAUUGAGGAAGAAGAGGAACAAAAUUAUUCACACUAAGACUGGUUCAGCAGCUUCGAUGCAGGUCUCAUUUAACAAAUUUGAGUAUUCGAAUUCAUACAUGUGGAUGGAGUUUUACAAUGCACCACUGGAUAAAGACAUAGCCUUGAUCUCUGAUACAAUCCGUUCCUGGCAUAUCCUUGGACGACUUGGUGGAUACAACUCCAUGAAUAUGCAAUUAUCACAAGCACCAAUGGAUAAGAGGCCAAACUAUGAUGCUAUUCUUGGAGCUAAUGUCGAGCCCACCACGUUUUAUAACAUCGGGGAUCUUGAGGUCCAAGACAAUGUCGCUCGCAUAUGGCUCGAUAUUGGGACCUCUGAGCCGUUGAUUCUCGAUGUUCUGAUAAAUGCAUUGACACAAAUCAGCUCAGAUUAUGUCGGGAUAAAGAAACUUGUGUUUGGUGGAUCUGAGUUCGAGAGCUGGAAGGAGAAUAUGACAUCAGAGGAAUCUGGUUUCAGAGUCCACAAGAUUUAACAUCUUACAGUUAAAGAUUAUAUCUGUUUAAGAAGCUACAGAAUUGAACAUACAGUAUGUUUUUUUCGUAGAUUACAUGAUCUAUAUAUAGCUUGAAGUAAUGUUAUGAUCAGUAUAAUCAGAAUUUCCAAUUA